CCACUUCAUUGUCUUUGCAAAUGUUCCCAUCUUCCUUUAUUUUACGUAUUCCCUUGCUGCAGAGGACAGAACAGUAGACUUCUGUUCCUGAGAAUAAAACGCUUUUGUGGAUCCUCCGUUCCUCUGAGAAUUCCUUCACUUUAUCCACAAAAGUGGUAAAAAUGCUUUCCCACUCAACAAACCGCUGAGUAACACGAUGUCCGACUUGCCAACCGCUCAUUUGUUUGCUGUACUGAAAGGGAGAUCGUUGGUCUGCGAAACCAUCGGAAAGGUCAGACAAAACUUGCUUUUAAAACAGAGACGGCGAUCCUUUACAAAGACACGACUGAAAUCUUCCUCACACCCUAUUUCUCACACAAUACUUGAAUGGGAGCUUAGAGGCGCAGAAUAAAAGAGGCAAGAAGAAAAUGGGAGGGGAAUCUUUUCAGUUCUUCAGAAGCAACAAUAGUCUUUGUCUACAAUGUCCCUCCAUUCUUAUUGGGGUUACUGAAGGGGACCGGGUGGAGGGGCCGGUUUUCCAUAGUAACAGUGACAAAACAAGCAAGCCGGUCCCAGAGCAAGGAGAAAGGGAGAGAGAGACAAAAAAUGCUUCAAAUCCCAGACAGAAUCACUAUAUCAAUCCGUGCAGUUUUUCUGAGGGUUAAAGGAGGCAGACGGCGCGCCAAAGGAGAGGGAAGACUUAUGGGAAGAAUGGGCACAGCUUCACUUGUGUAGAAGAAAAAGCAAGUGAAAAAUACUGGACACUUGGUUAUUGCACUUUUGGAUAAAAUGAAUUCAGACAGUCAGUAUGAGGACUCUGUGUCCAUCAUGGUCCUGGAGAACAUCAAGAACAGACUGCUGCAUGCCUUCAGAACGACAGCAGAACCAAGAACCUCAGUCGGGACGGCUCAUCUGAUCAGAAAGAGUUUCCAAGUCAAUGAAGAACUUCGGAGAGCCAAAAUUGAUGGAGCCAUAACAUGGUUAAGAUUAGAACUGCUUGAGAUGCGAUCUCAGGAUAGACAGCUGGCUCAGACUCUGCUGGGACUGAACAAGGAGAUUCAGAGGCUCAGACGGGAGAACGGAUCCUUGCUUUCAGAGCCUGACAGCAGCGACCACACAGAGGAGACAUGAAUCAGUCUUGUGUCAGAGACAGUAUUAGCUGAAUGCAUAAACAGUGAUGUGCAUUUUUCUACUUGUUUAUUGAGUUAAUGGUGAUCUAUUUUUAGGAGAGGACAACACAAUGUUGUUGUUCCCAUAGACUUGGUUCGAAAUUGGUAUUUUAUACUUAUAUCUGUGAUAUAGGUGAAACACAUUGUUUGUGAUCACUUUUAUCCUCUUGGCACUUUAAAAUAUCUCUUUUGGAAAACCCACUAAAUGUAAAAGCUUGUAUGCAUAUACAAAUCUGACCAAAUACUGGUUACCAGACAAAAUGUAAUAUCUGAAUAAAAAUAAAUGAUAUUACUAAUACAAGGACACAAGGUUUAAAGGUACAACUGCUACAAGGUUUAAAAUCAGAAAUACAAGAAAUAAAGUUCACAUUUUGAGAUGUGUGUCUAACCUGCAAUGAGGCAUUUUGAAAGUAGUGUAAAUCUUACAAAAGAUGCAGAAACAGAUUGUUUAUGUAACAUUUUACUCCGCCUGGAAGUCAAUAAACCCCAUCCAUAAUCCAUUCUGGUUUAGUCAAACAACAGAGACCUACGUGCAACGACCUACAUAUAGCUGUUUGUGGGAUAGUGUGACUGUUUGAUGUACAUGUGUUGAAGGUUUAUAAUAUAGAAUUGAUGCACUGUAUAUAAAAAUGCUGAAUUUUUGUCAAAUCAACAUAUAUAUGUUACUUUAACUUUAAAAAUGAAGUUUUUUAAAAACUUAAAGGAACAGUAUGUAGGAUUGUGGCCAAAACUGGUAUUGCAAUCACAAAACUUGUGGCUAAAACUGGUACUGCAAUCACACAACUCGUGGCCAAUACACAACAUGACAACAUAAACAUCAGUUGAGGGCUGCAACUCCACUUUUUAAAUGACAAUAUCCUGGCCAGACCACUGUUGUCAGUAAUAUAAGUAUUUUAUAUGAAAAUUAUUUCUUAAUGUCUAGUGACAUAUCAGGGCCAUUUUAUGAUUAAUUGAUAUAAAUUUCUUACAUACUGUUCCUUUAAAAUAGUAGGUUGAAUUGACUUUCAAAACCAAGUUGUUUUAACUUCAUGCUGCAUUUUUUUUAAAGUGUGGAAUAUAAUAUUAGCAAUGUGUGUAAAGCACCCACCAUAGUUUUUAAUAAAAUGUGACUCGGAAAAUCUAGUAGGAAGAUUUGGAGCAUCAAAGUUUAAUGUCAGUCAUUCAUUUCAAGAACGACUAUGGUCCGAUUCAAGAUUUUACAUUUCCUUUGGUGUGUAAGUGUGUAUUAGUACAUGUUCAUGAUAUGAAAAAGGUACAAACCCCAAAGUAAACGAUGACGCGAGAUAUUGUCUCCAA